AUGUACGGCGAUCCCCCCACUGCCACCGCUGCCGCAGCAGCAGCAGCAGCAGCAACAGUGCGCCUAGCAGCAGCUUCUGCAGCUUCACUGCGCGGGGAGGAAGACGAAGAGGAGGAGCGAUGCUCUCCCCUUGUUGCCGCAGGAGUCUGCGUCUCCCCAGCAGCGGCUCCUCCCUCCGCCGAAGGGCAGGAAGACGAGGCGUUCGAUGGCGCCGCUUCUGUGUCUUCGACAGAGGAGCUGGGGAGACAGCUGCGCCCUCCCGGGUACGACGGUGAUUGCCUCGAGUGUCGCCAGCACGUGCUGUCUGUGCUUGGCGUGCUGGUGAGAGCCUUAGGCCCUCAGCGACGUCCUUCUUCGGGGAGUGCGGCUGUUUCUGCUGCAGUUGCACCCCGGCAGGUGUCUUCCGAGGCUUGCGGAAAGGGAGCUCCAAAAGAAGACGCAGCACCCCUAUCGCUAGUGGAGCUGCAACUCCUCAUGGCUGCAGCGGGGGAUGCAGUGCAGGCAGAGGCUUUGCUGCGUCGGAACGCGGCAGAGCUGCUGCUGCUGCUCAUGCAGCACUGGAUUUUACCCGCGACUGAAUAUCUAGGAUCUGCCGCGGGAGUUCAAAAACUCGAUGGGAGCUCCGCCUCCUUUGUUGCCGCUCGACGCACGGAAGCGGUCUGUCGAGCGGCUGGCAUAUCCGUCUCCGUCCUGACAGAGCACUUGCUUGGAGCCGCUGCAAAUCUCGUUUCUGCAGAGCCUGAUGCUGACGAUCCUGAGGGAGCUGCCGCAGCGGAGGCUUUGGAAGCAGCGCUGCCACUGGCUGCUGAAGUCUUUGCCUUGGCCCUUCUGGUGUGUACCGACGCUGGUUCUUUGAGAGAGGCUUUUCGCGGCAUAGCGGCGUCUCUAGGCUUUCGCCACGAGCAACGGCAGCAGCUGUCGCUACAGCAGCAGGUGCAGCUCGCGCGAAAGAAGCGUCUGCUUCUCGUGCGACUAGCGCCGACGGAAGAAGCCGCGCAGGAGCUGCUCUCGAGCUGUCUCUACGUGGUGAGGCAAGCGUUGCAUGCGCCGCUGUUGCGCAUGGCUGCUCACUGCCUCUCUCUCCUCCUCGCUCUAGAAGACUUCGACAUGGGCGCCACUGCGGGAGUAGCUGCCGCUGCAGAAUCAGCAGCACGCUUCCGAAAGCGCUCCAGCGGGGAAGCCGCGACUGCUGCUGCUGCUCCCGCCACGCCUGUCGAGAGCAGAGUAGAGGAAAUCUUGGGGGCGACUCCCCCCCUCGUGCAGCUCUUGCGGCGGAAGCCUCAACGAAGGCUUCUUCUGCUCGUUUCCGUCGAGAGAGCCGCAGAGCUGCUGCGCCUUCCUGGCCUGCCUGACACAGCCUCAACUCCCUCCAUGGAUCUCUCCGUUCCAGCCAGAAGGCGAGCCGCAGUCUUCAUGCAGCUGCUGCAGCAGCAAAUGCGGGAGCAGCCACUCCUCGACGAGGAACAGAGCACUGCCCUCUCUGCCCUCGUGCUGCUAUCCGCAGACUUGCUGAAACGCGACCCCCUGCUGCUCCUGCAAAGGCUCCCCAACGGGCUUCCCAAGCCGCUGAUCACUGCGGAAAUGCUGAUCCAAAUAGGCUGCUGCAGCUGCAUGUGCUGUGGCGAUGACAGGGCACUGGAAGCGGCGCUUCUGCUGCUUCUCGCGGUGGAAAAAAACGGCGAAAAUGCAGGAACCAAGGCGGAUGAGGGAGGCGACAUCGACGAUCCCCUGGCAAUUUUUGACAACGACGGCGAGGCUUCCCCCCUUCUCACAGGCACGCAGCCAUCCGAAGGAAACUCUGAAGGCAGCAGGACGGAAGGGCACAAACCGGAGAAGCGCGAGGCAGCCAGCCGCUCUGCUCCUGGUUCAGAAAAUACCAGCAGCAAAGACAGCAGCACUGUAAAGCACAUGCAAGAUAUGGCUGCCUAUGUUCGCGGUGCAAUAGCUGCGUAUUGCCAGGAACUAUUAGAGGCGCCCGUGGGAGCUGAUGUCAUCGAGCGUACAAUGCUGCUGCUGCAAGAGGAACCUGAAUACUGCACUGAGCAUGAGCGAGGAGCAUCCGUUCUGCUGCUCUUGCAGCAUGCUAAAAGCAGCCAAAUCGAAAUAUAUAAGACGGAAGUCCAAAGCCUCAUGAGAUCGCUCAAGAAUAAGCAGUUUUAG